CAAUCCACUCCACUCCACGCUUCCAUGUUCACUUUACUUUCCCGCAGCCGCUCUACCAUAGCAGUAGCCUAUCCAUUCCGGCUUCAUAACCUCAGCGUCGUCAUCUGCGGCCCCGCCGCCCGCUUCACCCCUCUCCAACACCCACCACCACCACCAUCAUGCCCUCCACCUCGCCCCCAUCCAGCACCUCCCAAGCCGUCACCAAGCGCCCUGCCUCCUCCCUAGCCCUCAUGCCUCCACCGCCCGCCCCCAAGCGCAUCAAACGCCCCACGACCGUCCUCGACGAAGACACCUACACGUCGGCCAUCUCGCACAUCAUCCGGCGCGACUUCUUCCCGGGGCUCGCGGAAACGGAUGCCCAGCACGAGUAUCUGGAUGCGCUGGAGAGUCGAAACAAUGAGUGGAUCCGGGAGGCCGGGGAGAGGUUGGUGGGCGUUAUGACGCCUGCGCAUUCCGGGGGAGUGGGGAUGAGGAGGAAGGUAGCUGGGACGUCGCGGUUUAGGACGCCGGCGGGAGUGAGAGUAGGAGGGGGAGGGGGAGAUACACCUAGUGUAUGGGGCGCCGACACUCCUGUGUCUAUCCCUGGCACCGCGGCGGGCGAUGAUAAUGAAGACGACGAGAGCAACAACACAAAACCCCACGUCGACCUCAACCUCAGCCUAAACGCCUUCCAAGCCAAAUACACCUCGGAAGACCAAGAAUCUUUCUCCCGCAUCAUCGACCGCCAAAACGCCAAAAAGUUCGCCGCAAACGAGUGGCUGCGUACGGGCAACCGGUACGCCUCCAAGCAACGCCUCGCGCAGCAAAAAGUCCUCCAAGCAGCAGCAGAACGACAACAUUCGGAAUCGUCCACAUCGAUGGAAGUGGCUGUUCGACCGAGCCAGGAUCUAGACAAGCGGCCCGCAGCGCCGACGACGCACAAACACACGCCCUUCAACGCCCUCAUGUUCCCGCCCGAAAGCAUCGAGGCGUGGGCACCGACGCGCGCUCAACGCGCGGAGGAGGCGUCGCUCGCGCCGCCGAAGGCAGUGCUGCAUCAUAAUACGCGGCUUCCGCCCGAAGUCACUGAUCCCCCGUCGCCGCUGCCGACAGCGAGGCCGUCGAGUCCCACGUUCUCGGCGGCUAGGGAUGCGAUUCGCGGACGUCCGCGGUUGAGCGCUAGUGAGGUGGGAUAUGAGGGGAGUGAGACGCCGAGGGUGAAUGGGUAUGCGUUUGUGGAAGCGAGGGCGCCUAGUCCUAGUCCUGAGGAAGCAGGGCCAGCGCCGACGGAUUUGUUGGAGAGGUUGGGGGUUAGUGGGAAGGGCGCAGCGGAAGGGGGCAGGACGUUUGCUUUCAAGGAGGUGGAUAGAAGGGAGAAGCUGCAUCUGAAGAUGGUGGAGAAGAUAAAUGCUAAGGGGAGGCGGGAUACAGGUAGCGCGGGAGUCUCUGGUCUUGGGGGAGGUGGGAUGGGCGGAGCGAUGACGCCUCGCUUUUUAUCCGCGCCGACGCCCGGUGGUGCGAAGGUUUUGGGUUCGGGUGCGGGUACGCCUGCUGUUGGGGUUGGAGGGAGGAAGAAUUUGGGGAAUUUGACGCCCGCGGCGCAGAGACUGUUGGAGCGGGUUGGCGGGAGGACGCCGAGGAGAUAUAUGAUGGACCUUAUUUUUCAAAACUCUCAUUAUGAAUCACGCUGGGAAGAUAGUCGUGGUGGAGAACUGGGUAUGCCGUGUGUUCCCUCUAAUGCGGGAUUUCUACCCAGUUGUAGUAGGGAUUGUAUUAUGUAA